GUCACUAGCUUCUACGGGGAGGAACAGAGAGAGAGAGAGAGAGAGAGAGAGGGCGAGCAUGGGUAAAGAGCGGAGGGAGGAAGAAGACAUCAAAAUCUCUAGUUUUUCUUCUUAAAUUUUUCCAAUUUAAAAAAGUGAUAAAUAAAACAUCAUCUAGAGGAUAGGGAUUGCUAGAGAGAUCGUCUCGAGAGCUGAAGUUGGUUGUUUUGAGGUUGUGUGCUUCGUUAGAACAGUUGCUAUGGAGGCAUCAGAGAUCAUCCAUGGUGGCGGCUUAGAGGCUUCUGUGACGGGAGAAUCCGUGCGAGCUUUGCCGUGGGAUGUCCAUGGCUUUGUGCUCGAGAUGUGCGGCUCCUCCCGGUAAUGUUUUAUUGAAUCCAAUUCAUGAUUUCUUUGCUUCUUUCCAUUCUUUGAUUCUUUUAUAUUGGCUUUUCUCCUUUUUAUUUCUUUUUUAUCAUUCAAACUUUCCUUCUUUUUUCCAAAGAAAACACCCCUUCUGGUUUCUGAAUAUAGACGCUGUAACUUUUCAACUCAUCUGUUCUUAGUUGAAGUUUUCCAAUUCUUUGAAAAAUUCUUUACAGACGCAUCUUCCCCUUCUUAUAUAUAAGCACUCUUCUAACAAAGAACAAGUAUUAAUGAAUCGUUAUAAGAGUUGAAGAAACGAACAUACAUCGCAGGGUGAAACAAGAAGGGAAGAGAGGGGUUGAUUAGAUAUAUAUAGAGAGAGAGAGAAGAGAAAGAAGGAAAAUAAUAAGAUUAACAUUCAAUCCAAAAACUAAAAAUCAAAAAGACAAAUUGGAAGAGAGUAGAGGAUGUUGGCUGGGUGCUCCUCAGCGCUGCUGUCGCCGAGGCACCGACUAAGGAGUGACGCUUCCGUGCAGUUGCAAGGUUCCCAUUUCCAGCUGCAGGAGAAGCUUUACCCUUCGAAGCAGAGGAUGAGUACCCAGCGCAUUGACCUCCCUUGCAGCUUCUCCAGAAAAGAUGCCCCACGGGUCGCCCUUUCACUGGAGAAGCCGGCCGAGACCAGAAGUAGUAGUUGCUCUUUUAGGCCGAACCCAGUAACACCUUCUUCGUCUUCCGUAGCGGCGCAAGCAGUCUCAUGGGAAGGAAGGAUAGAGAUCACUGAAGGCGGGCUUUGGGAGAGACGGCGGAGCUCCAAGAGAUUUCACGAGAGGAGCUUAUCGGAGGAGGAUUCGUGCCUUGACCGAGCCAAGAGGACAAGGACCGGCGACGCGACCCAGUUUGCUGGUGGUGAGGAUGACAUAUGGUUUCCUCAGUCCACCAAGGAGCAUCCACUGGUGGAAGAAGGAGAAGAAGAGAAGGUCUUUCUAGUUCCUAACGCCGCUCUUUUUCCAUUUUACACCUCCUCAAGCAGCACAUUGGUAGGUUCCUUUGAAACUGAAAAGGAUUUGGUCACAAGUGUUCAGCCAAACUACAAGUCACAGUCGGAUUCCAGUUCAUCAUCGGAUACCCACAGUUCAUCUCCAAAGCAACAGAAGGAUUCCUCCGAGAAUGUAGCACGGAAUGGAUCUCAAAUCCCUUACUCAACUCGAUCUGCCGGCAUAGCAGGUCAGGGUGAGAAUCCCCAAACGGAGCAGCAGGGUAUCGAGAUUGUGAGCUUGCUCACAUCGUGCGCGGAGUCUGUCAACUCCGGCAAUCAUGAAGCCGUCACCUUCUUCCUAGCUAGACUUGGAGAGCUUUCCUCCCCGACCGGAACCCCGAUACGUCGUGUGGCAGCCUACUUCACGGAAGCGUUGGCCCUCCGAGUCGUGAAGCUCUGGCCUCACAUCUUCUCCAUUACCCCACCGCGGGUGCUUGUUGAUCAGACAGAUGAUGAUGAUGCCGUUGCACUCCAGCUGCUCAAUCAAGUGAGCCCGAUUCCCAAGUUUCUCCAUUUCACAGUAAACGAGAGAGUGCUCAGGGCUUUUGAAGGAAAAGACAGGGUUCACAUAAUAGAUUUUGACAUCAAGCAAGGACUUCAGUGGCCUGGUCUGUUUCAGAGCCUGGCUUCAAGGCCUGAUCCCCCAAGUCAUGUGAGGAUCACCGGGAUAGGAGAGUCUAGACAGGACCUUCAGGAAACAGGAGCUAGGCUGGCGAGGUUUGCAGAGGCCUUCAAUCUUCCUUUCGAGUUCCAUGCAGUUGUUGAUAGAUUGGAGGAUGUGAGGCUUUGGAUGCUUCAUGUGAAGAGGGAGGAGUGUGUUGCAGUGAACUGCAUCCUAGUGAUGCACAAGGCACUCUAUGAUGAGACUGGAGGAGCUCUCAUGAAUCUGUUGGGUCUGAUUCGAAGCACCAACCCAGCAAUCGUUCUCAUCGCCGAGCAAGAAGCCCAGCAUAAUGACCCCAGGUGGGAGACAAGGUUGGCCAACUCACUUCAGUACUACUCUGCCAUCUUUGAUUCACUGGAUUACAGUCUACCAGAGGAUAGUCCAGCCAGGAUCAAGAUCGAGGAGAUGUUUGCGAGGGAGAUCAGGAACCUAGUUGCCUGUGAAGGGAGUGAGAGGGUCGAUAGGCACGAGAAGUUCGAGAGGUGGAGGAAUCUGAUGGUGGAUCGUGGAUUCAGAUGCAUGGGCAUUGGAGAAAGGGAGAUGCUUCAGAGCCGCUUGCUUUUAAGGGUGUAUGAUGGUGAAAACUACAGCAUAGUUAAGCAAGGAGAAGGCAACGACGGCCUAACUCUUAACUGGUUAAAUCGGCCUCUAUUUACAGUGUCCGCAUGGGCACCCAUUGAUAUUGCAGGCAGCUCCUCUGCACCUCAGCCAAGCUAAUGGGACUGCCUUUCUUCAUGGUUUGGUUUUCUUUUCUUUAUAAAUCUCCAAAUAUUCUUUUAUACCUUCAAGAAAAACACAGAAGUUUAUCAUCUCUUUUGUUCGUGAAAUAGGAGAAAACUUUCUUUUUUCUUAGAUUGUAUUUUUUUUUCAUUCUUUGGUUGCUGAUCAUCAGCAAGAAUUAUGUUAGAAAGAGAAGUUUCAUAUGACACCUCUCGUUCAGUUCAUUAGAAUUUGGAGUUUAUUUUGUUGUAAUUCUUUUAUUUUCUUUCUUUGUAAUUGGAAGAAAAAACAGAUGUUUUUAUUUCUUUAUUGAUGUGUGUCCAUUGUUUACUUUAUUAUAAUUGCAGUUCAUGUUGGACUGGA